AUGCUGAUAUUAGUUCUACUAACAACUCUACUAAUUAAUCUAACUGGCGCAAUUAAUGUAUUAGUUUGGGCGACGACGAUUGGCAGAAGCCAUGUGUCAUUUAUGGGUGGAUUGGCGGAUAUAAUAAGCGAUAAUCGAAAUAAUGUGGUAAUUAAUGAAAAUAGUUGUGGUUUCCUCAUAUUCUUUUACUUUGCAGACACUUUUAUUACUCAAAAACGACCCGGAUGUUAAUAUAACUGGCUCGAAAAAUGUGAGAAAUAUAAUAAGAUUCGAAUCGCCGCUCAUUCAACCAAAUGAAUGGUCAUAUUUCAAUUUCAAACAAAGCGAAAUCUUCCAAACCAAAACUAUUGACAUGGGCGAUUUUUUCAAGAUGCAAAGUGUGAAUUCAAGAAUAUGUCAAAGUCUUCUAGACGAUCCAAACAUGUUGAAUAUUUUGAGAAAUGGAAAAUUUGAUGUGGCGGUCGUUGAGUUUUUCCACUUUUGCCCGGCUGGAAUUUUCGAACUUGUUGGCAUCAAAAAAGUGAUUUUGGCAACGGCACUCGGAAUGACACAUGCACACUAUGAAUUGUUGAAUCUAGACGUGCCUUUGAGUUAUAUCCCAGUUCAAAUGACACAUUUGGGUAGCAGAAUAAGCUUCUGGGAUCGGGCGUAUAAUAUUCUUUUUCAUUUGGCAAGCAAGUUUUGUUAUCGAUUUAUUCGCUGGCAAGAUCAAAGAAUGUUUAAUAGCAAAUAUGGAAGUUUCCCUGAUCUUGAGGAACUUUACAAAGUUGGUUUUUCUUUUUUUUUUUUUGAAAAUAUAGCAAAACAACAAAAAAUUUCAGCAAAAAAUCGACUAUGUUUUCACAAACACCAACGAAUUCACCGAAUCAACUCGUCCAACUUUGCAACGAAUCAAAUACAUUGGCGGAAGUACAACUCCAGAACCUCAAUCCCUAAAUGAAGAUUUCGAAUCGAUAUUAUCCAAGAAAAGCAAGGGAACCAUCUUAUUCUCGCUUGGAUCAUUAUUGAAAUCUCAUGAGAUGCCAGAUUUUAUCAAAAACGCUUUUAUUGAUGCAUUUAAGGCAUUUCCUGAAUAUACUUUUAUCUGGAAAAGUGAAUCAAUCAAUAAUUUUAGUUAUCCAAAUGUUUAUUAUCGAAAUUGGGUUCCGCAGGUUGAUCUGUUCGGUGAGUUUGCUUUUUGCUUUAAAUAAAAUCUAAAUUAUCAAAAAAUUUGCAGCUGAUAGUCGCCUCAAAGCAUUUAUAACUCAUUGUGGAAUGAAUUCAGUUCAAGAAUCCUUAUUCUUCGGUGUCCCUUUAAUUAGCCUCCCAAUUUUCGCCGAUCAAGAUUCAAAUGCUGUGAUUGCUCAAGAACGUGGAUAUGCGUAUGCUCUUGAUAAAUUCACAGUGACUCGUGAUGACGUCAUCAAAGCGUUGAGUGCUGUUUUAGCUGAAGAAAGUGUUUAUAAACAGAAAUCUCGAUUGGCUUCAAGGAUUUUGAAGGGCAAUCAGAAAACGAUGAAAGAGGAAAUUGUGAGAUUGGUUGAAUUGUCAGGUUUGUGUUUGGGGUUGGAGAAAAAAAUUUAAAAUAUAUUUUCAAAAAAAUGAAAACCUUGUAUAUUUUUCUCUGGAAAUUAUCCAGCUUAUUUUUAGCCUGAAAUUUGAUAUUUUGUUAAAAAUGAUUUCUAUAGAUCUUAUGUGAAAAGGUCAAGUUUCAUUUUUAGAUUUGGCUCUAUUUUUGGCCCUAAAUGGAUUUAUUUUUGUCGAAAUUUCUAUUGUCAGUCCGAAAAUAAAAGAACCUCUGUUUAAAUUGGCGCUCACGUACAGUAGACUAAAACAGACGUGACACAUGCACAUCAAACUGGUUGGCAAAUAGCCAACGUGUAAAUUUCGCAUUUUAUUUUUCAAAUAGACUCUAGACUCCAAGAAGUCUACUCUAGUCUUGGUUUUCUAGGCCAUUUCGGUUCUCUUCCAAGUUGUCUUAAAAAUCUGAAUUUCUUGAAAAUCGGAAAAUGUGAAAUCUACAGUUCCUUAUUGUUGUUGUAAGCCUAAAAUCUAUCAAAAAACCCCCUCGUGAUCUUUUUCUUCUAUUUGCGAAAAAAAAACAAUUAUUUUUUGAGCAUAACUUGGGCUCCAUGGAAAACUAAUUAGUCCCCAUCCAAUUUGUUUUUGUUUUAUUAUUUUUUUCAAAAAAAAAAUAAGAACUUUGUGUUGUUAUCUUAUAGCUAUGUAUUAUUUGCACAGUAUUAUUGCGUAUAACACCAUUCACCACCCAACUGUUGAUUUGUCAAUAAUAAUCCUCUUUUGUUACGCCAGACACCUAAAAUACUGUAAUAAUAAGUAACACCAAAUAAUUUCCAUUCCAGGAACAACAGAACAAUUGGAGCAUCUUCGACUGAAUAAUGAGCAUUUGAAUUUGAUGCAAUAUUAUAAUUUGGAUGUAUAUAUUGCACUGAUUUUGGCACCAAUUCUCACCUAUUUUUUCGUCACUCGUUUCAAUAUUGUGAUACGUGUCAGAAUUGCCAAACAAUAUUUUUAG